UUAGGGUUUAUCCGGCUUCGUGUGUUUUUUAAUUACCCAAAGUGUAAAAGAUGCCUCGGUAUGAUGAUCGCUAUGGCAGUACACGUCUCUAUGUUGGACGCUUGUCAUCAAGAACACGCUCACGUGACCUGGAAGACCUAUUCAGCAGAUAUGGAAGAGUACGAGAUGUGGAUUUGAAGCACGACUUCGCCUUUGUUGAAUUUAGUGAUCCUCGUGAUGCUGAUGAUGCAAGAUAUAGUUUAAAUGGAAGAGAUUUUGGUGGGAGUCGUAUCCUGGUGGAAUUUGCUAAAGGAGGACCGCGUGGACCAGGUGGUUCACGAGAGUAUCUGGGAAGAGGUCCCCCUCCUGGAUCGGGUCGUUGCUUCAACUGUGGCCUUGAUGGUCACUGGGCUCGAGAUUGCAAAGCUGGAGACUGGAAGAAUAAGUGUUACCGAUGUGGACAAAGAGGUCAUAUAGAAAGAAACUGCCAAAAUAGUCCUAAGGAACUUAGACGUGGGAGUAGUUAUUCUCGUUCACCAUCAAGAUCCCCAUCUCCUCGUCGCACUAGCAGGAAAACCAGGAGCCGAAGUUACAGCCGGAGCCACAGUUAUAGCCGAUCUCGAUCACCCGUAAGGAGAGAGCGGAGUGUUGAACGUGAGGAGAAAAGAUCACCCGUAAGGAGAGAGCGGAGUGUUGAGCAUGAGGAGAAAAGAUCUAAGAGCCCUCGUUACAGUAGGAGUCCCAAGUCAAAGAAGAGUUCCCCUCCACCAUCCAGAGGAAGGAAGCGCAGCGUUACACCGGAUAGGAACAGUCCUCAAGAGAGAGACAGUCCUCCACCGAGAGAUCGCAAGGAAGCUACUCAGCGCAAUGGGUCAGAGUACAGUGAGAGCCCUCAGGCUGAGAGCAGAAGCCCAGCAAGCCCUGGGAGGGAAGAGAGCCCUGAAGGCAUGAGGUACCAAAGUCCUCAGGGGAAUGGACACAGCCGUAGCCCUAGUCCUAGAGAUGAUGGGAGCCCUAUGGAUGGUGAUGAUGAUGGCAAUCGUGGUUCCCCUCAGGGCAGCGAGUCUCCUUCAAGCGCUCAAGACUAGGGUUCUCUAAGUUAUGACAUCUUUAGUAACUCUUUGAACAUUUUUCUGUUUACAUAAUGACCAUUGAGAAACAUUUGAUUUGGGUAAUGAACAUUCUGGGAAUAGCCUUUGGAUUUCAGAACCAUGGAACAAGGUAAAGUUUGGAUGUGGAAGAUAUUUCAAUAGAUUCUCACAUUUUACAUC